AGUUGCAACCAGUCCGACUCUCACAUCUACAGCCUUCCAAGAUGCACUUUCCAAGUGAUUGAGGUCUAGGAGGAUUAAGCAAGCAGAAACUCUUUAAUGGAAAUCCUGCCCUGUUAUUUGUGCUCACACAAGUAUGGGAAAUGACUUUAAAGCAUCAGAUCCUAAGACAGACGUACAAGAAGCUUCCAUCAACUCAGGAUUUUAAAGGAUUACAUCACUAUCUGUACAUAUGACAGAAGAACUCCAGUGAAUUCUGCAAAAGAUGAAAGACCGCCUUCAAGAGCUUAAGCUGCGAGCAAAGGAACUACAGUUAUUGGAAGAAAAUAAACAAGGUGCUAGAGUUGUGUCAGAGGAAAAAGCAGAGUUUGAACAAGCGGCUGUUAUCUUCGAAAGGGAGCCUGUAACAGAAAGAUACCUAAAUGAAAUCCAGAAGCUUCACAAUGAUAUCAACACUUUGGCCGAUGACGUUCAAAAGUUUAGUCAGCACCAAAAGAGCCUGGUAGCUUCCAUGAGAAGAUUCAGCGUUCUUAAAAAGGAAUGCAGCAUUACAAAAGAGAUAAAAAUUCAAGCAGAGCACAUUAGCAAGUGCUUGGACGACUUGUCAAAAACAGUGAAAAAAGCAGAAAAAGUACAUGGUUCAUCAUCUGCUGUUGUAAGGGUUCUUAGUUCUCAAAGAGAUGUUUUAUUCCGCCGUUUCCAAAAUAUUAUGUUUCUGUACAAUGAUGCUAUAACAGCCAAGCAAGAAAAAUGCAAGACCUUUAUCAUACGUCAGCUUGAGGUGGCUGGAAAAGAGGUCUCCGAGGAGGAAGCUAAUGAUAUGGUUUGGCAAGGAAAAUGGGAAAUUUUUAAUGAAAAUCUGCUCACUGAGGUUAAGAUUACUAAAACUCAGUUAUCCGAGAUUGAACAAAGACACAAAGAACUGAUCAAUCUUGAGAACCAGGUGAAAGACUUAAAGGACCUCUUUAUCCAAAUCUCACUUUUGGUAGAAGAACAGGGAGAUAUUGUCAACAGCAUUGAAAUGGAAGUACUUAAUACUCAAGAAUAUGUUCAGACAUCAAGAGAGAAGUUCAGACUAGCAGCCAAGUAUCGAAAGAAAAAUCCUUGUAGAGCUAUAUGCUGUUGGUGCUUCCCCUGCUGUACAUAAAGCCCUUUUCAGGCAAUUCAUCUCACUCUAGCACUACCAGCUCAAUUUUCAGCCUGCAUGUAAAAAUGCAAGGGGGAGAACAGCCAUGCUGCCCUAUAGAGCACAGGAAUGCCCUAUGUUUUAAGUAUUUCUCAAACCUGAACAAGAUAGUGCCAGGAUUAAGAAGAGUGAUGUUACAAGUGAUAGGUCACUAAUGAUGUUACAAAACUAUUUAAUAAGUGCCUACGAUAAUGUUCCAUGCAGCACUUACCAUCAGAACCAAGUCACUUAUAGGGAAGUUUUAUUCAGCUGCUUAAACAGAAGGGAAACUGCAGAACCACUACAAUGCUAUCAUGAAGAGCUUGUCUGUACUAGUAACCACUACAUAUUCCCUGGUGUAAAAAACACACUGUCUGGAAAGGCUCUGUUGGGAACAAUUUAUGACUAUGGUGUUGGGCUGACCAUUUCAGAAAUGACAAUUUGUUUGACAACAGAAGCAACAUGGAAAUAUAUUAUAAGGUGCAAGAGAGAAUGUUAUAACAUAACAUACAAUGAAGAUGCGAAGCUGUUCUGUGUGUUGAACCUUUUCUUCCAUGCCAUCUGUACAAGUAAAAAAAAGGCAAGUUCGAAGUAGAUAAGCUAUAACAGAGGUCUCAGUUGAUGCAAUAUGAUAAUAAGCUGCAACAGAGGUCUCAGUUGAUGCAUUAAGACACAAAGACAUUGGUAGUUUGCUCACCAACGUCAGUGUUAUUACAGAAAUAAGCCAGAGGGAAUACCGGUAUGUCAUAUAUUUUAUGUAAAUCUGCAUGUGCCUCAGUUCAAAAGAGAGAACUUCAGCAACACAGCUGUUUGUGUUAAACGAAAAGAAUUAGCUCAAGGAGUAAAUUAUUUCUUAGAGAAGAGAGCUUAGAAGCAAGGUUCAGUAACAGAUAAAUUAGGACUACUUUACAUAUUGUAGAAUAACAAACAUAUGUUAGGUAUGCCUCUAAACUUCAGCCUGCCCAGUGAUUGGUAGAUGGAUGAUUACCCAGAUGUCCUCGAGCUCAAGGGAGUAGAAAUGCUUUCGAGUGCAUUUUUAAUACAGAGUCCCCAGUCAUUCUGAGCCUGUAUAAACCUUUGGAAUUCUGGCACAAGAUGGUGGACAGACAUACUAAAUGGCUGUGAAGGAGCCAGAGCCAACCACAGAACAUCAGGGAGUGAGGUUAUGCAUAGCUCUGAUAGAAAUUCUUCAACGUGUUAGGCAAUACCCUUGUAAUCAGCACUUCCAAUCAGAUCUCCAGUGCCCAAUCAGAACCCCUGAAGAGCAAAAACCCUUUUCUAUAAAUGCCUGGUGGAUACCAGGAAAGGUGUCAGUGGGUUCUAUUUUGAGGACUCCUACCUUUAACUUAAUGAAUAUUGUUAUAAAGCAUACAGGAAGAAGUGUUGAGGAAACACAUUCUAAAGUUUGCAUUCCCUUCACAUAUAGAACAAACUGGAAGGUUCUGUAGAUCCCAGCUUCAAUAUUUCUGUGUGCAUGCAUGUUUAAAAGUUAUGUAUGAAACAGGAAAUAGGAUAAAUGAUAUCUUUAAACAAAAGGCAUUGCAAUAUUGUUACUGACAGCUUGUAAAUAUUUUGCCCCUAAAUAAGGCAGAACACAGAACUCUCACUAGAUAUUAAAAGCACAAAGGAAAAUGCAAAGAUUCCACCUUGUCAUUUUGUUACCCUCUAUGAAAGGCAGUUUGCAUUGAUGUGGAUUUAACUUGCAACCCAAAAAAGUCAAAGUAUAAUCAUAAUUUUUUGGAGGCAAACAGUUGUUUCGGCUGUGAGACAAUUUUUAUGCUGUCAGAAACUUUAGCACUUCAUAGUCAUCAUAUU